GUGAAAGCGAGCUACUCUGUCGUGGUAUAUUUAGCUAAGUUAACAGCUGAGACGGAUGAUUACACUUGGUGUCAUCAUGCUGUGGUGCAACCAACGUUACUGUUAGCUAAUUGUGAAAUAGUUAUUGGUAACUGUGUGGCAAGUACUUUUUUUUCUUAACGUGCUUUGUGUUGAAACCGGUGAAGCAGCAAGAACAUUUAUUUGGGAGUUUUAUAGCAUAACUGGGCCACAUGAACCUCAUACAUUUAAUGAAGAAUGAAAUGUUACUUCUCUGGUAUUAGCUCGUUGCAGCAGCCGGUGCUAAGAUUUGAGGGUUUUCUUGCUGAUCUGCUUUUUCUGUAGAUACUUCGUCAACCACCACAUCAGUUUUAUCAGUUAACAAAGUGAGGCCAUGAGGAAUCUUUGGACCAAAGCGGGUGUUUUAGGCUCUGUGUCAAUAGCCUUUGGUUCACUGCUGUGGUCUCAGAAGAAGACUGACUCAGACCAGGUUGCUUCCAGUUGCUCCCAUGAUGAAACAAUUCCCAGUUGUCCCUAUGAACUAAAACUGGUCCAAGUCUUGUUUCGACACGGUGCUCGAACACCGCUUAAGUCUAUACCUGAUGUGAUGGAGGCUCAGUGGGUGCCAACUCUUUUGGAGCCCCCAGCACACACCCACAUGAACUAUGUAGUGACAGAUCUUCAUGGUGGUCCCAGGCCUCCAUCUCCUGUUGAAGACAGCUAUCGGAGAAACGUGCUCUCUGGUGGCACAUUCCCCGGUCAGCUGACCACAGUGGGCAUGCAGCAGCUGUACGAGCUGGGUACAAUGCUAAGGAGGAGAUACAUUGAGGAGAGACCCUUCCUCAGCUCCAGCUUUAGCCCAGCUGAGGUCUAUGUGCGGUCCACUAACAUUAUGAGGACCAUUGAAUCUGCCAAGUGCUUGAUUGCAGGGCUCUUCCAGCAAAAACAAAAAGAAACCGUGCAUAUCUUAACAACGGAGGCAGAGUCUGAAAUUCUCUAUCCUAACUAUUAUGGAUGCAAGCUGCUCAAAAUCCAGUGCAGCCACCGCUGGGCAGAGUCGUCCACUCUGCCAGACAUUGCAACCGACCUGCAGAGCAUCCAGAACACAUUGGGCAUCACUGCUCACCAGCAUGUCGACUUCAUCCUCAUUAGGGAUGACAUGGUUGCCAGAGAGACCCACGGCCUGCCUUGCCCUCUAGUGCUGGACACUUGGAGGAAUAAAGUGGAGCAGAGAGCUGUGGACAUGAUCUGCCACAUCUUUGAACCCAGCAAGAGGGAGAAUUUGAGGCUGUGUGUGGGACCGCUCCUGCACACAUUGUUAGCCAACACUGAGGAGAAACUACAGAGCACCUCAUCAGAGUCAAAGAGGAAGUUGUUUUUGUACUCUGUACACGACACCACCUUGAUGCCCUGUCUAAUGGCUCUGGGCAUUUUUGACAUGAGAUGGCCACCAUAUGCAGCUGAUCUCACGCUGGAACUGUACCAACACCGACAGACCAACGAGGCCUUCGUCAAAGUGUCAUACGUAGGCCAGGAUCAACAUAUUCCAGGUUGCAGUGGAGUCUACUGCCCUCUGCAGGAGUUCAAACAGGCCCUGUCAGCGUAUUCACUGAGCUCUGACCUCUACCAGUCACUUUGUAACAGCACAGAAGGCCUGACCGAGCCCUGAACCCCAAACACUCUGAGCCACAUAGCAUGUUUUUUUUUUAGCCCUCAGUUCUCAGUCCAUCCAGCCAUUAUACCUCGCUGUCUGAUUACAGCAGGGGAAAGUCCAGGGUUACAUCUUUGACUUAAUUUCAUAAUUCUUCAUCUCUGUGUAACCAUGGCAGUAAAAUCUAAUGCAAUGAUUAUAGAAUAGAAUGAAUUAUAUGGCCAAGUAUGUUUUUUACGGCACAUUGACAAGUGUAUGUGCAGAAUGAGUUUGGUAUGCUCGAUAGCAAAUGUUCAGUGCACAGGUUUCCUUUUAGAUACACUUGAUUUGUUUGCCUUAGUGAUGAAGAGUGGUGUUAUUGUCAACAAAUUCCAAAAGAUUAAAAACCAAACACGUUUGCCUCUCUCUCUCAGUACCUUCGGAACUGUUUAGACACAUACAUACAAAAAUACACAGUUUCAUCUUAAGUCUAAUUUCCUAAAAUGACUGGACUAGUUUUAGCAAGCAGUAAAAAAACAACAAAAAAAAAAAACCUGUGCAUUUGUUGGUGACUAUUUUCAGUUGCAGAUUAAUACAAAUUUCUAGUGUGUAUUUAUGGCACCGGGACAUGUAUGGCACAGAGGAAUAAACUAAAUCAUGCUUUGCCAAAAUCAGUAAUCCUUGUUAACACGUUGAAUUCAUCGGUGGCUUUGCUCUUUUAGGGAUUUGUUGACAAGAAAAAUACAGGACAGUAUCGGCUUUUUUUUUUUUUUUUUUUUUUUUUUUGGUUCUAAGCAGAAACUGUUGGAGUUAAAUCUUGGACUAAAAUAUGGAUAUCUUAAUAGUUGGUAAAUGUGGUAUAACAGCCUGAACCUGUUUAUAUGUGGUUAUUCUGCCAAUUUGGUUGUUUUCCUAACCAGAUCUUUCAUAUUCAGUCAUUUCACUCAGUGGAAUACUAAGCAUUUCAUGUACUGUAUCUAUUAACAAAGGAGUGCAGAAAGUGUGGACUGUACAUUACAACUCGGAGAAUGGGCAUUCUUCUGCAAAACAGUUUUAAGAGUGUGUUUUUAGGUUGUUGCCUUGUGAGGAUUUCUUCAUAGCAUCAGAUCACAGUAUAACGUAUGCAUGCCCAUUAACUUGAGUGUUACAACAACACAAAUUAUACCAUAGGUGCUGCUUAAAAUGUAAAAUUUGGACUGGUGAGGCAGAAAUAAAUAUUUUCAAUGGUAGGUCUUUUUUGGGGGGUGGGGUGCUUAUGUCACAGCAACAGCUGUUAUUUAUAUCUGCCAAAUAAAUGCUGUUUCCAAAA